AUGGCAGAUCGCUUCUCGGCCCGUCUCAUGAAGCCCUUCGAGGGCGUUCCUCUCUCGGAGGGCGCGGAAAAGAAGCAAAAACGCGAUGCUGCCCUCGUCGAGGCGCGGAAGAAGGCUCUGAAGGCCAUGAGGGAGAAACGAGCCGCUGCGCGCCACGAUCUUAAGCUCCGCACCUACAAGUACGUGAAGGAGUACCGCCUGCAGCGCGAGGAACUCAUCAAGAACAAACGCGAAGCCCGAGCCAAAGGCGGCUUCUUCAGAGCCCCCGAGGCGAAGGUUGUGUUUUGCAUUCGCAUUAAGGGUAUUAACAAGCUCGCCCCCAAACCCAAGAUGAUUCUGCAGCUCUUCCGUCUUCGCCAGCUGCACAACGGCGUCUUCAUUCGCGUGAACAAGGCGACCAUGGAAAUGCUGCAAGCCGUGCAGCCCUUCGUGACCUACGGCUACCCCAGCCUUUCCACGGUUCGAAAGCUGAUCUACAAGCGCGGCUACGCCAAGGUUGGCGAGCCAGGAUCCAAGCAAAGAGUGCGCCUGCAGGAAAACAGUAUCAUUGACAAGCACUUGGGCAAAUACGGCAUUCACGGUAUUGAGGACCUUGUGCACGAGAUCUACACUUGCGGCCCCGCCUUCAAGCAGGCCAACGCUUUCCUCUGGACAUUCAAACUCAACUCUCCCAGAAAAGGUUUUAAGUGCAAGCGUCACGGUUUCUGCGAGCCUCGUGCCGGUGACUGGGGCAACCGCCAGGAACUGAUCAACGAGCUCGUCAAACGAAUGUGCUAA